AUUAAACUUCUAAUAGCAGUUUCCCAUGAGCAUGAUACUACGUGAUUGGGUAUUGUAUUCAAGCUGCUGAGACGGUUCGCUGUUCACUCCAAUAACAAACUUGGGUUGGCCAUAGUUUGGAAGGCGCCUUAAUGAAGUGAACAGUUUAUUUACAGACACACACGGCUUGGACACUCACUAAACAACGUCUACGGUAACAUCUUGCUAUGAUGAAAUGAUCGCAUCAUAUCUCUCUCUAUAUCUACAUUAUCUCAGAGAAAAUAAGCAGCGUAUGUCGCUACGUCGCAAUGCUCCAAGCCUCCGUGCAUAUUUUCGCAUUACUAACACCAAAGCUUUGACGUCACCUCAUCAUCCCACACAUCUUCCCAUCUUCAUACCAGCCAAGUUGAGUUCGAAAACACCGCAAACAACUCACGUACCUGGAUAUCACCACGCUUAUAUACCCCAAAACAUAUCAUGCCACAUACGAAAGUCGACCCCGCUAUCAUCGAGGCCCUGGGGCUUGACCCCGCCAACUCGGCCAUGAACUCUCAUGGUGGAUCGGGCUUUGCAUCUACGUUCAAGAUAACGUCUGAGAAGGAUGGGAAACCUUUGAAUUACUUUGUCAAGACGGGGACAGGGAAGGAAGCUGAGGUUAUGUUUAGGGGUGAACACGCCUCCCUUAACGCCAUAGCAGACUCAGUUCCAAACUUCUGUCCCAGAUCCCACGCCCAUGGAGCUCUCACAGGCCGUCCAGGACAACACUUCCUAGCUACUGACUUUCUUGAUCUGGGGUCUUCAGCUCCCGGUGGUUCAGGCAGGACUCUAGCUUCAAAGGUUGCUCAGCUGCACACAACGCCUGCUCCCAUCCCAGAAGGCUACGACAAGCCAAUGUUUGGGUUCCCAGUUCCCACAUGCUGCGGUGCUACAGAGCAAGAUAACUCGUGCCGAGAAUCGUGGGCUGACUUUUACGCUAACAAUCGGCUGAGACAUGUCACGCGCCAGGCUGUUCGCAACAAUGGUUCUGAUCCAGAACUUGAAGAAGUUGUUGAGAAAGUUGCGAGCAAGGUAGUUCCGCGGUUGAUUGGGGAUGAUGUUGUCAAGAACAUCAAACCUGUCGUUAUCCAUGGCGAUCUAUGGAGCGGAAACCAUUCCAAGGGGCAGAUUGGGGGCCAAGGCGGAUGCGAAGAAGUCGUUUAUGAUCCCUCGGCAGUGUAUGGCCACUCUGAGUUUGAACUCGGCAUCAUGAACAUGUUUGGCGGCUUCACCAAUCACUUCUGGAAAGAGUAUCAUGAGCUGGUACCAAAGGCAGAGCCAGUAGCUGAGUGGCCGGACAGAGUGAAGCUAUACGAACUAUACCACCAUCUCAACCACUAUGCCAUGUUCGGCGGUGGCUACCGAGGAGGCGCCAUGUCCAUCAUGAAGAAACUCAUCAGCAAGUACGCAUAGAGAUAGAAGUUCAAGAU